UGUGUCUAGACUUGUAUUUCCCGUUUUGCAAAGAUCUAUAAAAUUAGGACAGUUCUCAAACCCUCAAAGAUCUGAGUUGUAAAUAAUGACAUAGAUUGAUCCAUUUAUUCAACUACAUUGUUCUCAAUUUGUUUAUUUCCCCCAGGGUAUAUAGUUCUAAUUUUAGGAAAGAAGACCUUUAAAAACAAAAAUUCCUAUCAGGUUCUAAAUAUCAGCUUCCAAUCUGGCCAAGUUAUGACAGAGCUAUUUAAAAAAAAUUUUUUUUUUAAUGUUUUGUCAGUUUUCAGCCAGACAAACAGUAAAUAUUUUUGGCAGUAUUGAAUAACACCCCUUGGGUGUAGGAGGGGUCCCCAGAAGAGGGUACAAAAGCUAUUACUUGCCCAGUUUCCAGAGCCAUUCCAACGAUAGCUGAAUGAGAGGACCAACAACAACUUGUGUGUCCCAGGCAGGCAGAAAGCCAUGCCUAGUGCCUGCUGGUAGAACAGGGCAAGCAGAACAAGCACAGGCAGCUAUUACUGGGAGAAAAACAGUCAAUAACCAAUAGGUCUGGUUUUGGAAAGGAAGAGGAAACGUGAAAUUUUAUUUCCCCUUCUUGACUGCACAUUACAGAGAUUCAGAAGAGCUGCUUCUAGUCAAAAUUUUUACCCUUUGCAAGGCUUCUGCCAAUUUUUCAGAGUCCUUUCUAUAGGCGUCAGUAUCUAUUAGCCUCCCUUCGCUGUUCAAGUAACACAGUUCUCCCAGCUUAUCUAGAGUCACCAAAGCCUUCAUCAUUUGCCUACCCCCACCCCUUCCACAUCCCUCCCGGGCUAGGGAGAAGCUACUGGGUUGGUCUUGAUGUGAUAAAUGCAUGCAUCCCCAGUUCCAUCAACUCUGGGAGGGGUACUUGGGAGUGUCCGUACGGCGGUUAACUUGGUGGAGGGUUGUUGGGCCCUGUAGUUUUUAGAGUGGAUCACUAGGAAUGAGUACUCAAAGGAGGAUGGAGGGGAGCAGUCAGUCUAACCAUUUUUGUUUUAGGUACAUCAUAUCUUUAAUUUCUCAUUAGCCUGUUAGGGUGAAACUUUUAAUAGAGCUACUCUGAAAUUUUGAAGACUUGCUUUUAGGUACUCUGCUUAAACGGUUUUACCUAAUUGGAAUAUUCCCCUUAGUGGCCAUAGUUAUUUUAGGUUAUAAUUCCCCUGAGGUGUGGCAACAGUUUGGUAGGACCCUAGCUACAGAUGGUAGUUUAACCCACAUUUCUAUUCAGCCAUAGGGUCUCCAACCUGAUGGUUAUUAAGCCAAGUUCUCAGGACACAAAACAAGCUUAGUAAGAUUUUGCCAUUUUUGCUAGUCACAGCUUCUGGAACCGUAGUUUUUAGUGCUGAAAGUUGGCGCAAUUGCCUUCUUAAAAUUUAAAGAUUAUUUCCCCCUUUUGGAUACUUCUAAAUGCCAAUCAAGAUAUGCAUCCCAAUCAGGUUGUUUAAUCUCAUAGCUGGCUUUCUCUAAUUGCUGAUGCAAGAAUAUAGUUUGGGCACACUGAAAGUGCCCCAUCUUGGCCAUUUCAGAGAGAGAGCUCCUUUAAUUCUUCCCAGUGUCUUAACAUCUGAGGCGCUCAUUAUUAUUUGAAAUUCUCUUCUCCAUCUUUUAUUAUGGAGGAAACAUCACUUGUCAAAGAGGGUGCCAACAACUACUGAGUAAACAUGGGGACUGUCAACCAAAAAUGGGAGCCCUGAGACCCAGGAAAAGACUCACCCUGCCACAGCUGGAGCUCUGGGGGCCCCUGCUGGCACCAAGGUGCCAAGUCCUCACAUUGUUCCAGGACUUUGUAUCUUUGCUAAAGUCAGUGAUGUGAAAAGACCUGACAUGGAUGAUAUUGCUGAUAGGAUGAGGAUGGAUGCUGGAGAAUUAACAUUCGUGAACCACAAUUCCAUUUUCAAAACCCAUCUCCUGUCACAAACAGGUUUUCCAGAGGACCAGCUUUCAUUUUCUGACCAUCAGAUUUUACCUUCAAGGCAAGAAAAUUUGGAUCGAUCUUUUACAUGUUCUACGAGAAGUGCAUCUUAUAACCCAAAUUAUUAUUCAGACAAACCUUCCUCAGACAGUUUUGGCUUGGGAGACUUAAGAACAUUUGGCCAGAGUGCAAAUGGCCAGUGGAGAAAUUCCACUCCAGCAUCAGGUUCAACUUUACAAAAAUCAAGAAACAGUCGAAGUCUUUACCUCGAAAUCCGAAAGACCUCAAGUGGAUUAUCAAACACUUUUACAGGGAAGUCAAACCAUCACUGCCAUGUGUCUGCAUAUGAAAAAUCUUUCCCUGUUAAGCCUGUUCCAAGUCCAUCUUGGAGUGGUUCAUGCCGUCGAAAUCUUUUGAGCCCCAAGAAAACUCAGCGGCGACAUGUUAGUACAGCAGAAGAGACGGUCCAAGAAGAAGAAAGAGAGAUUUAUAGACAACUGCUACAGAUGGUCACAGGGAAGCAGUUUUCUGUAGCCAAACCCACUACUCAUUUUCCUUUACAUCUGUCUCGAUGUCUUAGUUCCAAUAAGAAUCCUUUGAAAGACCCACUGUUUAAAAAUGGCACCUCUUGUGCAGCUCCGAUUGUUGGCUCUGAUACUUCGUCAUCUGGAUCUGCCAGCAUCUUGACUACCCAGGACCAGCUGUCCCACAGUGUGUGCUCCUCGUCGUCUUAUGCUCCAGAUGUUGUGGCAUUUGGACCCAGAGAUUCUGAUCCCCUCCACCAAGCUCAGCAUCAUCAAACGCUUCCACAUCAGCCGGAUAACUUACCAGUUUCAAAUACGCACUCUGAAGGAUCAGACUCUGUGAUUUUACUCAAAGUGAAAGAUUCCCAAACUCCAACUCCCAGUCCUGCUUUUUUCCAGGCAGAGCUUUGGAUCAAAGAAUUAACUAGUGUUUAUGAUUCUCGAGCCCGGGAAAGAUUGCGCCAGAUUGAAGAGCAGAAAGCAUUGGCAUUACAGCUUCAAAACCAGAGAUUACAGGAACAGGAACAUACCGUCCAUGACUCAGUGGAACUGCAUCUUCGCGUACCUCUUGAAAAGGAGGUCCCUAUCACUGUCGCCCAGCAAGCAGAAAAAAAAGGUCGUGAAUUGACUAACAGUGAAGAUGAAUUUCCGGAAAUCACAGAGGAAAUGGAGAAAGAAAUAAAGAAUGUAUUUCGCAGUGGGAACCAGGAUGAAAUUCUGAGUGAAGCAUUCCGCUUGACCAUUACUCGCAAAGAUAUUCAGACUCUAAACCACCUGAACUGGCUCAAUGAUGAGAUCAUCAAUUUCUAUAUGAAUAUGUUGAUGGAGCGAAGUAAAGAGAAAGAAUUGCCAAGUGUGCAUGCGUUUAAUACCUUUUUUUUCACUAAGUUAAAAACGGCUGGUUAUCAGGCAGUGAAACGUUGGACAAAGAAAGUGGAUGUAUUUUCUGUUGACAUUCUUUUGGUGCCCAUUCACCUAGGAGUGCACUGGUGUCUUGCUGUUGUGGACUUCAGAAAGAAGAAUAUUACCUAUUAUGACUCUAUGGGUGGGAUAAACAAUGAGGCCUGCAGGAUCCUUUUGCAAUAUUUGAAGCAAGAAAGCAUUGACAAGAGAAGGAAAGAGUUUGACACCAAUGGCUGGCAGCUCUUCAGCAAGAGAAGCCAGGAAAUCCCACAGCAGAUGAAUGGAAGUGACUGUGGCAUGUUUGCCUGCAAAUAUGCUGACUGCAUUACCAAAGACAGACCCAUCAGCUUCACACAGCAACACAUGCCAUAUUUCCGGAAGCGGAUGGUCUGGGAGAUCCUCCACCGGAGGCUUCUGUGAGGACUGUCUCAGUUGGCAGCCACUGACCAUGGGGACCAGCUCAGAACAGCCGAUCUCGCCCUCUGUCUUGUGCAGCCCUCGGUUCGGGACCAGGCCCGGUGACACGCGUUCACAAGCACACCUGCCUUUCCUUUUGUAUCUCAGAUACUAUUUUUGCAAAGAAACUUUGGUGCUGUGAAAGGGGUGAGGGGCAUCCCUAAGCUGAAGAGAGACUGCUUUUCAUGUCUUCAGCUCUGCCCUCUUGUUUUCAAAGGACUCCUGCCUCACUCAGUUCUUGUUGGGGGCUGAGAGUCUUGGUCUCCUGUGAGCUCUUGUUGCUAGGCCUUACUUACUGAGAGGAAGGGGCGUGGGCAAAGGGUGGGGAUGAAAACCACCAGCACAUGCACGCACACAUAUACACACAGGACUUUCAAGAUGUGUCGUCAGGAGGGUGCCUGUAUACUGGACUUUGAGGCACCUGUGUAAGUCCCUACUCCAGGCCUUUUCCUAUUUAUAUGCCCCUCUGUGAAAUCCGUCUGCUUCCAUGCAAGGCUGUUCUAUCAUGUGUAGCUUCCUCCCACCCUGAAGCACAACACCCGAGCCCUGGGUAGACCCCAAUGCCCCGAGCAGUCCUUUCCUUAAAAGCAGGGGGUUUGCAUGUGCUUACAGAACGUGCUGUGGGGGAGGCCCACCUAGGGGGAGGUGGAACAGAGCGACAGGCACCACUUUCAUUGCUGCCACCUCCUGCCCAAGAAGAAGGCCCGCAGUCUUCAGCAUAGAAUUCCAGCAUUGAUGAAUGUGGGUCUAGCUUGGUCUGUGGCUAGUUCAGAUGUGUUUCUAACCACAGAGAAUUUAAUAUAUGUAUUUCACAGGGAUGUGCUUUUUUUUAAAGGCUGAAUAUGUUCACCAUUUUGGCCUGUACAUUUAUUUCCAUUUUCCACAUUUAGCUCCAGCACACCCAGCUCCCAGCCCCUGUGUAGGGUGUUUGUGGACUUCUAACAAUAUUUUGAGGCCUGGAUGAACUUUGGCUUAGGGGUAAUGGUUACAGAGGGAGGUGAGAUUUUCAACUAGAAAACGGGUGGAAUCUGUACGGUCAACUCCUUAGAUUAAAAGCCACUGUUCCUGUCAUUCUUUGUAGCCUCCUACCCUCGGUGCCCCCCAGGCCAGGUAGUGACAUGGUCCAGUGCCAGUGUUAUUUUGUACUGAAGCACCAAAAUAGGGACAUUUUAUACCUUUUUCUGUAUAGUAACAGGUAGUUUUGUAUGAAAUCUUUUUUCCUCUCCCCUUGUGCCCCAUCCUUUCCAACAUUGUGCUUUCUCCCCAGGCUUAUUUGAAAAAUUUACUCUGUUUUAUACCAAGCUUGUUUAGUACAUUUUUCUAUGUUUUACCACAGGUUACAAUUUGAAAAGAAAACUAUUUUUUUUAACUAUUCCAUUGUCAACUGAAUGUUACUAUUUCCACUUCAGCAACUAAAUGUCCUGUCGUUUUCAUGACUGCCUGCCUGCCUUUUGGGGGAAGACUAUUGUUUGUUUUCUUUUUCUUCUUUCUUUCUUUUUUUUUUUUUUCAUGUGUGUGUGUGUGUGUAUGUGUGUGUUUUCCAUAGAAAAUAAAUAGCUUUCUAUAUAUGAGUUGCUGGGACCUUUCAUGCUCUCCUUUAGAAAACUGAGGCAUGCAGGCUCGUUGUAGGGCUCCUGACGCUGAUUCUAGGCGCUUACUAUAUUUAAGUGACAGCUUGAAAGGCGGCAGUGUGGUAUAGAUUUGGUCUAGGAAUCGAAAGGCCUGGCUGUUUCAGGUGCUCUCACUGUUGUCUGGGGGAUUCAGAACAAGAUAGUUCUCUGUUUAUUGUUUAUCCAUUUUUAGAUACCAUCUGUCUUCCCUUCCUCACAGACUUUCUCUACAGACAGAGCAGCAAGUGUUUAUCGCCACGUAUAGCAGGGAAUGAAGCACACGACAAAAGCACUUGGAAAACCUUAUAAGGGAUGUUGAGCCUGUCUGAACCUGGCCCCACUUUCUGACCAAUGCAGUUUGGAAAAGGGAAGCUAGUGAUCCUGAGACCACUCUUCAUGGGUGGGCCAGGCAAGCCAAGACCUAAGUUGUGGCCCAGGUUGGCUCAGUGGGAACCCAACAGAUUUACAUAGUGGACCACUCUUUCCAACAAGCUAGUUAACGAGAGCAGGACUAUCAUCUGGAAACCUCUUUUCUCCUUCAUUUAAAGUUGGACUUGGAUGACCAGGAGGAAAAAGAAAAAAAGACUGCCUCCCAUGGCCAAGGGCAUGCUGGCAUGUCCUUUUUCACCUGCUGUAGACUCAAGCUUGUUACUUUCCUCGUCUCCUGUCUUCCCCUGUUCCUGUGCUCAGUGCUCUUAAUCAUCAUAAUCACCUACCUGUCCUAAAAAAGGAACACUUGAGGGAUGAUAUACUCUAGAUGCCAGAUAGAGAGCCUUCAACAGACAGCCCCGGAAAGCACUCCUGGACCCUUGUACAGAAAAAGCCAGAUGGACUGUUCAUGCCCAUUUGAGAGUAUAUGGUCUGAGGCACAGAGGCCCGUCAACCCCAUUCAUCCCCUGAGAGCCACUGUGGCUCCUGUUCGGGGUGGAAUGUGAGUGCUUUUCCCUUGUCGGACCUGUGCCUGUGUACACUGACUCCUCUGUGUAUGAGGUGCUUCGUGCUCUCUGGUGUCGGCUUCCCUCCUCUUCAGACGCUGUGCUGGUACUUUCUGUCCACUGGUCCUGCCGAUGCUAGCCCAGGUGUUCAUGUCUGGGGGUAGACGCAGGGACCAGGACAAGCCCCGCCAACAGCCCCAUCCCAUAGGGUGUCCAUCCCCACCUGGUUUUAUGGGGCUCAUAAAAGUCUUUACUGGGUAGGGGGUAAGGAAGAGGGUUCACUUAAAAGCCCCAAGUUCUAAUGUUUUAGCCUUUGGUCCUGUGCCAUCCCUCUGACUCACAAAUAUGUCUUGCCCAAGUAAGGGAGACGGCUGUCCCUUGAUUUCUGUCUUCUCCCUUGCUCCCCCUGGAUGGGCCAGAGUGAAGUGGAGUGUGACUCUCUUACCCUGGGGGUCCACAUACUGAAGAGGGCCCAAAAAGGAGGCCUGAGGCCGUCAGGGCCCAUCGUUGACUUAGAAUAUGCUGCAUGCUGAGCUCCUGGGAAAGGUGCCAUGUUUCUCUGCCAGGAACAAUCGACCCACAGCUUCAAAUCCACCCUAAAACUUUGGAAGGGACAAGUAAGACUCAGGCCGGCCUCUACCUUCAUAGCCCAGGGCCUUAUUUCACCUGUGCUGAAUGCUAACAUCUGCCUGUUAGGAGCCCAUGACUGCCAUUCCCAGCUUUGGAGGUGGGGAGGGACAAGCAUACAUGGGGUCAUGCUGGCCGCUCAGUCAGAUAAGGGGGACUUACUCAUGCAUCCCCCAUGGGAAGGAAAAGAGAAAUGAGACUUUGAACCAGAAGAGCAACGCUGGAGAAACGAUAGUGCAGGCUGCCCCCCCGGCCAGUGAGGGCUAGGGAAGGGAGAGUUCCGGUUGUGAGUAGUUUGACCACCUGUCCAGGGUCUUGUCAAAGUCUAAGAUUCUGAACUGUUCCUGAGGGCCAUCAUGUUGCUUGGAAUAAAAAUUGAUCAAGGUAGGGAUUCAAAGUCUAAAGCCAGUGUAACACUGGCUUGGUUUUAGAGUUAAGGCACAGAGGAGAGGCUUUACCCUUAUGGGACGGAUCCUAUCUGCUGACUUUCCCCAUCCUGAGCGGAGGAGUAGCCAUCAACUACUUGACCUCUGGAGACUGCCCUUCCACCCUUCGCAGGACAUAGUGCUGGGAGAGAGGCUCACACAGAGCCCCAAGUCCUUAGUCUGCUGGGUACGCCUCGCUUGGUGUACUAGUUUAUUCCUUUCACAAGUGCCUACAAGCACAUACCCAAGUUCCAUCUCCUUGAAGCCUUCCAUGAUUACAUUUUCUUAGAAUCUUACCUGGAUGUCUGCAUCCUUAUAAUCACCAAGUCACCAUGUGGUAUUUGUAUUGUAAUCUGCCUUUUACAUCAGGAAGAGACUAAGACAUAUUGCCACUGAGGGCAGUGAAUGGUUUUGGUGCUAUUAAACUAGGAGUGCAAAUUGCUUCUCUAGCCUGGAGCAACUCGAUUGAACAUGUAUUUAGAAAGACAGACGUGCAGGGGGUGGGGAAAGGGCCACUGAUGCCGGCAGCCCGCAGCGACCAGCUCCUCUGUGCGGCCCCAAACAAUUCCUCCCUGGUCUCGAGCUCAGUGCGCCGUCCGCUCUCAACAGAAACCCCUUCCUCGGCAGCUGAGCAUGCUCUUCACAGGUUUCAGUCUCCAUCACAAGGGGCAAAUCAAAGCAUUUUUUUCUACACAUCUUUCUAUUACAUGUGGUUUUUCCCCAUCUUUUUCUGUUUCUAGGGAUACUAUACGUCCCUCAGACUGAGACUGUAGGUCCCUUGCUGUCUGCCUUGUCCUUUAAGCGGACUGUUUUACGCACUGCCUAUGGCUGUUUGUUAGCCAGAGCUAAGUCUCUGGAGGGCAUUUCCUCAUUUGAUAUCUCCUGGGGGGCCUCAUGCCACAUGUUUAAUAAGCAUGUGCUUAAGCAUUGGGUUUGGGGGCCUUGGAAGGUGGAGUGAGUGAGGAGAUGGUGUGACCACAUGUCCGCGAGGACCUUACAAUCUAACUAAUUUGGGAGGCCAGGCAGACACCAAGCAAAGGGCCUUAUCAAGAAGGCCCACUCAUAGGUACCUGGUCUAGUCUGACACUCUGUGGAUGAUGGAGGGGCAGAGAUGGAGAUGAGUUAGGGAUGAUGUCACCUUUAUCUGCCUAUCUAUAUGUGACUCCCUCCCUAGUUUUUAAAAGUUGGUUUAUCUGAAAUAGACUGUGGAUUUUGCUUACUUGCUUUGACAGGAAACUACCUGCUAAAAAGGACUUGAUGGUAUU